CACCGCGGGGGAGUCCAAUGGAAGCCUUCGUCGCUGCCCGGAGGAGACAAUCGAGUGAGAUUUAACUCGAAAGCGGAGCUGAUUUCAUUAGAUGGGUCUUUAAACCGCGCCUUUUCUCAACAGCCUUGAUCUGUGGUUUGUCACAUUCGGUUUCAAACUCACCGAUCGGCCUCUAACGGCGUCCGCUCGGCCUUGUUUAUACUGUGCAGGGCUGCUUGAAUCGGGGAAGCAGGCCCGGCUCUCCUGUGCCCGUUUAACGGCCGUCCUGCGGCUGGAGCGUGUUUUGUGCGGAUCGGCCCUUUAGCUCACCAAAGAAUAUGACCCAGAUGCAACAAUGACAUCUAGAUUUGGUAAAACCUACAGCCGCAAGGGUGGUGAGGGCACGUCCAAGUUUGACGAAGUUCUCUCCACCAAGAGAGGCACCCUGAGCACCAAAUGGGGUGACACCACCUACAAGGCCAAGGUGGGCUCGAAGCGUGCUGGUGCUCCCAAGAAUGACUCAGUCCUGGAGGUGUAUAAGAGGCCCCGUCCAUGCGGGGACGGUUUGGAUGACCCGUUUGGGUUUGACAGUGACGAGGAAUCCAAGCCCGUGUCGUCCCGGAGCGGGAGCAAGUCGUCUCCCGCCAAGCCAGCCUCAGCAGAGCCGCCCCAGGCAGAACGACCUGGGGUGUCCCCGGAUACAGGGAGCAGGUCCAGCUUCCAGGGAGCAUCUAAGACCCAGCCGAGGGCGAUGGACGACACCCUUCGGUUCUUCAACAGCAGCAGUGCCAGCACAGGAAAGUCCAAGCAGAGCUCGCUGUCGUCGUCAGAGAACCAGCACAGCUACACGUGGUACCAAAACGUUUCUGAGAGCGACAAGAAGCCCCUGGCCCAGACCACCACCCUGAAGACGGGCUCAAAGGCAGAAUCCACCUAUGACUCGUGGGAUGUUAUAAUGGGCCUCCGGCCACCUUCUCCCACACAGGAACCCCGCAACCCUGCCCCUACUCUGUCAUGGGCUUCGGUGGGCGUCACGACGGCAGGUGGCUGUGACCCGGUGCAAACCCGGCACGAGAAAACCCCCUCUCCUCCACAGCUGCUCCUCAGCGACAGCGAGGACCUGCAGGGCAACCCUGACCUCACUGAGACGUCGGAUUACUCCCAGAUGUCGACCUCAUCGUCACUUGAAAGGAACUCGAACUGUCGGACAUACAGGAGGCCCAACAAACAGGGCAAAACCUCGGACUCCAGCAGCUUCGCAGCCACUGUUUUUGGCUCAGAUCUUCCCAAAUCCGCAUCUGACAGCAAUAACAAAACAGGUGGCAGAGGGAGCCGGGGCAGGACGAGGGACUACACAGUGUUGCACCCAUCCUCCAUAUCUAUGUGUAACGUCACCAUCCAGGACCGAGUGGUGGAGGAGUUUGGGACUGAUGCAGCACCCUCUUGUGGUAGCGGUAGCGCCGGUUCAGGCAGCACGACGCAGCUGGGAGAAGCCGGAUGGCAGCGGAAGAAGCCGGAACAACAGAAUACAAGGUUCAGGCAGACACAGACCAAGUCAAAGAAGGACAGUAAGCUGGACCUGUUUGGCUUUGAGGACUCGGAGGCCCAGCAGGAGGAGAACAGUACCGACAGCGCGGAUGGCCGGUCCAGUUACAAAAUCAAAUACUUUGGUUUUGACGACAUGAGCGACAGCGACGGCGCUGAAGACGACGACGACGGCAGAGCUAAGGAGAGGAGGAGGGCCAAAAAGAAGGCCGCCAACACCACAGUGACCCCGGUGGUCACCGUAGAGGAAAUGCCAGCUGAUGACCCGCCAGAUCCGUUUGAAAGGCUGGAAGUCCAGGAAAGGCCGGCAGUCAAGGAGGGCAAGAAGAACUCGGAGAAGCAGGAGAGCAGGAUACGAACAGAUGUCCUGGACUUCUCAGAGGACGGCCUCAGGGUGGUGGCCAGCGGCCCGAGGAGGCUGCCUCAGGGCAAACCUGCAGAGAAGAACCCGGACACCCUCCGGAGGAUCUUCAGUGCACAAAAGAAGUCUCCCACCAAAGCGGUGUACAACGCCAGGCACUGGACAUUGGAGAGCGAAGAAGAGCCCCCUCCACCUUUCUUCGCACGAUCACAGACGACUCCUGCCUCAGCCUCGGCUGGAGGCUCCAGUAAGGAGCCCUCUAACUCUCAGAAGGACGAUGGUGUGUUCAAGGCUCCGCCCCCUCCUCCAAAGGUCACAAAGUGUGUCACUGUCCCUACAGAUCCAUACCAGGACACCGUCACUGCACUCAAGUGUCACAAAGAACAUAAAGAGCUGUACACAGUCGUCCAACACGUGAAGCAUUUCAACGACGUGGUGGAGUUCGGGGAAAACCAGGAGUUCACCGAUGACUUUGAAUACCUAGCUACUGGUCUGAAGAGCGGACAGCCUCUCAACACGCGAUGCCUUAGUGUGAUCAGCCUGGCUACACGCUGCGCCAUGCCCAGCUUCAGGAUGCACCUCAGGGCCAGAGGGAAGGUGGCUCAGGUCUUCAAAACGCUCAACGAUGCCCCACAACACCCGAACUUGGCUCUGUGUACAGCCUCUCUCAUGUACAUCCUGAGCAGAGACCGGCUCAACAUGGAUCUGGACCGGUCCUGCCUGGACCUGAUGAUCCGCCUGCUCGAACUGGACCAGGACCAGGGGGGCGGGAAUGGGGCGGACUCCACGGUCCAGUUCAGUGCCAAGGAGAUCGCCAAAAUAAAGGAGAAGAUCAGGAAGCUGUGUGACACGGUGCACAACAAGCACCUGGACCUGCAGAACAUCACGACGGGUCAUUUGGCCAUGGAGACGUUGCUGUCUCUGACUUCGAAACGAGCAGGUGACUGGUUCAAAGAGGAGCUGCGGCUGCUGGGAGGACUGGACCACAUAGUAGACAAAGUGAAGGAAUGUGUGGAUAACUUGAACCAAGAGGACGAUAAGGAGAAGCUGGUGUCGUCUUUGUGGGGAGCUGAGAGGUGUUUACGUGUGCUGGAGAGUGUGACCGUCCACAACCCCGAGAACCAGAGCUACCUGAUCGCCUACAAGGACUCGCUGCUCAUCAUCUCUUCUGCAAAGGCGCUGAGGAGGUGUGAGGAGAUGAUCCAGCGUUACAGCAGGGAGGUGAAGUCCGACAGAGCCGCGGUGGGGAAAGCGGUGGAGGACUGCAUGAGGGCCAUCAUAGGAGUCCUGCUCAACCUGACACAUGACAACGAGUGGGGCAGCACGAAGACGGGAGAGCAGGAGGAUUUGAUAGUGACGGCUCUGAACUGUGUUCUCAAAGUCCCUCAGUAUCUUCCUCAGGAGCAGAGGUUCGACAUCAGAGUACUGGGUCUGGGUUUGCUCAUCAACCUGGUGGAGUACAGUGCCAGGAACAGGUACUGCCUGAUGGAGAUGGAGAUGGAAGGAGGCCAGGGUCCCUGCGACUCCACCGUCCUGCUCAACCCUCAGCACCAGGACAUCGCCAGCACGGGCCCGCUGAGCGCCAUCGCUGCUCUUGUACAGCUGUUCCUGCAGCGGGAGCGGGCCGCCGUCCUGGCCGAGGCCCAGACCGACGACCUCAUAAAGGAGGCGCCGAAAGCUGCUUUGGACCAGAGCGGCGAGUGGCAGGAGACGGGCGGAGAGAUCCAGUGGGUCGCCAACGACAAUGACUCCGACAAACAGGACGAAGGCAAGAAGAAGAAUGACGAGGAGGACGAGGAGCUGGACCUAAACAAAGCUCUGCAGCAUGCAGGGAAGCACAUGGAGGACAGUAUUGUGGCCUCCUACACGGCACUGCUGCUGGGCUGCCUAUGCCAGGGGAGCCCGAUGAAUGUGACUACUGUGAGAGAGAACCUGCCUAAAGGAGAUUUCUCCAUCAUGACAGAAAUGCUGAAAAAGUUCCUCAACUUCAUGAACCUCACUUGUGACGUCGGCACCACAGGACAGAAGUCCAUCUCCCGGGUCAUUGACUAUCUGGAGCACUGCUAGAGAGAAGUCUGUCUCAAAUACGUACUCACACAAAAAGACACAUGCAACACAACCAUCUCCUUCAUCAUCGUUACCACCACCACCUCAGUCGACCGCUGGAGUAAACUAACGGGACGUCGUCCUCUUCCUCCUCUUAAAGGAGCUUCACCUCGUCAGCGUGCACUUUGGAAACGGCUCGUUUCCUCUGUGACUUUAAAGGAUAAACCCUUUAAAGCUGCAGCAGAGAUCACAUGCUUUUGUUUUUCUGAAGAAUCCAAGUCAGUAUUUGGUUGUUAUUUCUUCCUUUUUCCUCAGUUUAAAAAAGUUGCUCAGAGCGAUGUUUUUCUUCUUCUCUGAUAAAUUCCAUUUCAAAGCAUCUCCUCACCUUCUCAGCCCCUCCCUCGUUAAAACCCCUUUCGUAUCGAGCAAUGGCAGAUUGGAGUGAAGCUGCCCCCCCCCAGCCUGCCAUCAAAGCCUCGCGGCCCUGAGCGCGGCCUUUUGGAGCUGAUAACUGCCAAACAAACAAGCUGAGCUCUUUAAAAAGAAAGGAUGGCUUUUACUUUGAAAACGUCGACCCCGGCUCCUCACAGGCCGCCUCAUUUCUCUCACGCUGUGUUCUUCUCCUCUCUUUGCUGCUGUAACCUCUUGGCUCUGUCUGAAGCAGGUGCUUUAGUGCUGAGAAACCACGUGUAUUGAUCAUUUGUGAGCGGAGGGUGGGAAGCCUGACCCGCGGUGAAGUCGAGGUGGGACUGCUUGUUUUUGCAUGACACCUCGUUUCGUGGUGGCGUCGAAAGAGACGCGCGGCGCCUUUGUGCCGACUUCACACCUGACUCUCAAAGCUUUUGGGGGCUUUAGAAACUUUGGACAACCUCUUCUUCCAAAAAGCAGAAAGUUUUUCCCUUUCAAACGAUCGAUCGCGCCCUCGCUCGACAUCAAAAGCUUCGUGUCUCAGCGGGUUCCCGAGCCCUCCGGGCCAGAACCUGUCCUCCUCCUGCUCCUUUCAAUUACCGCCAGGCGUUUGAGCUCGCCGCUCGUGGUGGAGCCUUCAAUUACAUUAAAGGUGGCCGUGGAAGCCCCCCCAGUCUGAGAGGUGAAGGCCAGGCGCUUUGCUUUUGAACUGGGCCGCCAGCAGAGGGGUUUUCACAGAGGAGGUCGAUUAUUUGUCCCUCCUGCUCAGGUGUUUUUAGGAGGAAACACUUUGGCUGGAGCUCAAGAUCCUCAAACCCGCAGUUUAACUUCAAAUCCUGUGUGUUUGGACUUUCCAAGAGUGCAUCACUCUCUAACGUACAUUUCAGCGAUCCUGAGAUUGGACUGGGAAUUUGCAAAUGAUAGAAAUCGGCCCCGUGCUUUUCCGUUAGGCCUUCUGUGGUUUUCAUCUUUGAAGCCUUUUCAGAUGGCACACCUGUGAAGAAGUCAAAACUCCAGCAGCGCUUACAGUACAAACAGCAACUCAUUACACGUCAGCCAUUGCACUUGUAGCUUUAACCUGCCCUGGCCUUUCCUGUCCUCUGUGCACCGUCAGUGAAGCUGAAGUUCCAGAAAUGUUCCCUGAUGGGGGAAAGGGAAGUCUGGAGCCUUAAACGAGUCAUUUUUGUUCCUUCUUCCUUCAAGUGCAGCGUUCUCUUGAAGCACGUUUGAGUUGUAACUAAAGGCUUUAUUAAUAGAAUAAAUAGAUAUGAUUUAGUUUGAAAAGAUUUUCAGCCUCAUUGUUGUUAAAAAGCUAAAAAAAAAAGUUAUUUAAGUUUAGUGUCACAUUUCCUCAGUUUGGAGACUCUCAAAAGAGCGAAACUCCAGGGGAACAUGUGAGUCUUUCACACAGCAGAAACACUGUUUUUCCAAUAAUUUCAUUGGAAGAUGUCUCGGAUAAGCCCCGCCCACUCCAUUCAAACCAUACAGCCACGGUCUAACUCUCACCGGGUGCCUCAAACUGAGGCGUCCCUUCAGUUGCUUUAUUAACCCUUUAAUAACCUCCAGCUAAUAAGCUUGUUAUAAAGGAAGCCUGAAUAAGAAAUAAAAGAAGAAAGAUGGCCGUGAACAUCGUUUUAGUGUUGGCUCUUUGUCUGCAGCCAUGUUCAGGUCCCCACAGUCGCUCAUCAACACUGAAACGCAAACCUGUGACACUAAAGGUCACUGCUGUGAGAUAAAGGACACAGAAGCUGUCCAUAGAGACCAAAACAGGUUUUUAAAUUCCAGCAGGCUGCGCGUGUUAAUUACUGCUGUAAAUUUGUCGCAUUUAAUGCGAGUCUGUGGGGACCUCUUUUGGAGCCUCAAGUGGAUGCUAGAGGACCUGCAGUUGUUGACGCUAGCGUCGUUUACUUCGUUCCUGCUUUAAGCUAAAGAUUCGCCUUUGAAUUUCUUUUCUCUAAAACAGAUUUUUUAAAAGUCCAGAUUAAGAGAGAGAGGGCAUCGUCUGAGCAAGCUAACAUUUAAAGUUUUCACUUAAAAUUGUCUGUUCCUUUUUGCUCUCUGGCGUUUUGUCAUCAGCGCCGUGAGCUCCUGCUGCUGUUUGAUUUCAUCUUUAGAGCUGGAAAAAAAUGACAUUGAAUUGACCUGUUAAAGUUUAAAGAUUGUGUCAUUGUUCAUGUGGUUUUGUAUUUGUUUGUCUGUGGACAUUAGCACACACACACACACACACGUUAAAACUUCACACUCCUUUAUGAAAAGUUUACAAGAGCUUUAUUCACAGACGUCUGGAAGAAUGAAUGGAAGAGCUUUUUGUACAUAGUUUCCUGUAAAUAGAUUGGACCUCCUCAUGUAGGAGGGGAGUGAUGGAGGGAGUUUGUGGUGGA